AUUCGAUUUAUCGAAUUUAAGAAAUUACUUUCGACAUUACUUUCCGGUCCCUCUAUAUAAUCUGUCAUAAAACAUUUGGAUUCUUGGUGUUGGUUGGUCAUCAGGAGUAUGCUUAAGGCAGGUACACAUACCGAUAAAAUAGUGUCGGUAUUGGCGGCGAUAUCGGUAUUACAAUACAUGAUGUAUUGGAUCCGCAUAUGAUCUGCCGACAUUAUCGGGAUAAUCACGUAAUGUCAACGUGAUAUUGAAAUAAUGUCGACGAUCUCGAAAAUAUAUUAAUAUCGAUGAGUAAUGCAAGUGCGUCUCAACCAACCAUAUAUGAAUCAUAUACUAAAAAUAUACAUUAAUCUACAUGUUAUAUGUAAUAAUGUUACGCAUGUGUACAAUUAAUAAAAAAUUAUAACCAUUCCCAUUUCUAUCAUUAGAAAGGAAUUGUAUAAAGAAUCUAAUAAUCUUAAGUUUCAUUACAAUGAUUAAAACAUUUGUAUUUUUUGAUAUUGAAACAACAGGUCUUAUUAAGGGCAAUAAAAUGCCUAGAAUUACAGAAUUUUCAUUUGUAGCUGUAACUCGAGACAAUAUGUGUCUCAAUAAAAAUAAAAUUCCAAGAGUUUUACAAACUCUUACUGUACCAGUUAAUCCUAAUACAUCUAUUCCUCAGCAUGUAGAGAUUUUAACAAAAUUAAAUAAUGAAUGUUUACAAAAUGUAUCUUCAUUUAAUCAUAAAAUUUAUAAUAUGAUUAAUAUUUUCCUUGAUACAUUAACGAAACCAAUAUGUUUCGUGGCUCAUAAUGGAAAUAGAUUUGAUUACCCCAUUUUUUUGUGGGAAUUAAAAUGCCUUAAUAAGGAUUUAGCAGAAGAUAUUCUAUGUGUAGAUACAUUACUCUUAUUCAAAGAUUACUUUACGAAUGUUAGUUAUAUAGAAGAUACUGAAAUCUUAAAUAUGGAAAACCACCUGGAAAAAGUUAAUAUACUUCAAAAACCAAAGAAUUUUAAAUUAAUAACAAUAUAUGAACAUUUAUUAAAAGUCCCAGCAAAAAACAAUCAUAUAGCACAAGGUGAUUGUAUUAAUAUGCUACAUUGUGCUAAUUAUAUUGCAGAAUACUUUGUGGAAUGGUGUGAUAAAAAUGCAUUACCAUUAUAUACAAUGAAAUGAAAAUAAUGAAAAGUAUUCUAAAGAAUUAUAAUUUUAUAAUAUCUA